AUGUCCUAUGACCGCUAUGUGGCCAUCUGCCUCCCACUGCACUAUGAAAUCAUCAUGGAUCCCAGAAAAUGUGGAUGGGCUGUGGCAGCUGUGUGGUUAAGUGGUGGCAUCUCGGGCAUCUUGUACACAACAACUACAUUUUCUAUCAGAUUCUGUAAAGUUAAAAUAAUCCACCAGUUCUUCUGUGAUAUCCCACAAUUGCUCAAGCUUUCCUGCUCCAGUGAUUACCUUGGAAUUGUUGGAGUGGUUGCCUUCAUGUCUACAAUGGCAUUUGUCUGCUUCAUCGCCAUCGCCCUCUCCUAUGUCCACAUAUUCUCCACAGUCCUCAGGAUGCCCUCUGCUGAAGGUCGGUCUAAGGUCUUCUCCACCUGCCUGCCGCACCUCUGUGUUGUAUCACUUUUUCUCUCCACUGGAGCCUUUGUCUAUCUAAAGCCAACCUCAGACUCUCCAACUAUCUUUGACCUCAUGCUCUCUUUGUUUUACACAGUACUUACCCCAACCCUCAACCUUGUUAUCUACAGUUUCAGGAAUGAGGCCAUGAAGGGGGCUGUAAGGAUGUUAAUGCCAGGUGGAAAAUUAUUUGGAAAAGGAUCAUUUAAAUUUUCUUCUCUGUGA